AUGCCCGACCUCGCCGAAUAUCACGGCGGCCUCAUCGCCUUCGAGGGCCCUGCCGAUCUUGUCUCGACCCAGCUACGUCUACUACCUACAUCUUCACAAAUAGCCAUUCUUCCCAGUGUUAAAGAAUUCCUUGAACCUGAACACCCGGAUGCGCUAUUUGAAGCGCGUCAUUUUAUCAAAAGAGUCCAUGAUGCUGUUACCAAGAGGAGAAAUAUAGCACUGGCCUUUCUCAAAGAGUCCACGCCGAAGCGGAAGAGAUUGGUCUUCAUGAACGGAGGCACCCCGAGUGCGCAAACGGUUUGCAUCAGAGCCAUCUCCCGUAACGAUACCAAUGGCGACAUUGCCAAAGCUGAGGCGAUUUUCAACGAAAUUGUCAAGGGGGGUGUCGCUGGUCUGACUGCACAUCCGGCCGCUUCAAGGCGCUCUUUCUUAGACACGUCCGAAGAUGUUAUAGAAGAUCCCAUAACGCAAGCUAUGCGGGCGGCUGACGCCCUAGACCGGGAGACGGAAAGUCUUCAACCGUGCAGCGACAUUGACCUCACCAUCGCUUCCCAACGCCCACGAAGCAUGAGUCUCCCCUUGUACAGCUAUGCUGACAGAUUUGGCGAUGCAGCACCAUUCUACGUCUUUGGUGAACAGCCCAACGAUGGGAAGGCAGACGAGGAGGUUGAAGUACCAGAAACACCUCGAGCUUGUCGGCCACCUCCCAAAUUGGCCAUUACAAGCUUUGACGAACUUGAAAGGCUGGCGGCUCUUGACUUCGAUUUUGCUGAUAAGUCAGCCACGUCCCCUCCUCCUCGCUCUCCGAGCUGUAUUGGUGAGGCCUACGGGCCGAACGACAAGGGUUUGCCAGCAACACCAAGAACCCCGGGCAUGCUUGAAGUGGCAACCCCAAGAUCCGAUGUGUUCAGCAUUCGUUCCACGGAACCCGUUGUCAUAGAGAAAGCGUCACUUGUCCGAAUGAAGUCUUCCGCGUCGUCCAAGACUCUGUCGCGGUCUCGCUCUGUGGGUCAGCUUCACCGGAGCAACUCACGAUACAGGGACACCUUAAUGCGCAAAAGAGAAAAGGAAAAGGAGUCUGCUACCGAUAAGCAGACCUCAAAAACUCUUUCAUCUUCUGUCGUUGAACUCACUGAGACUGCUGAGAGGCGUGAUCUCAAUGCGAGUCUCCAGGAAACGCCCAGGAAGGAACUCAUAAGGGCGUCCCGGUUGAACAAGUCUUUGCCUCCUCCACCCCAUGGGAGCCCAAAGCCCAAGAGGACCAAGGCAAAUUACGUCGACAGGGGGACUGAUGCUGAGGACUUUGUUGUAAAGAGUCCAGCCAUUCAGCCUAUACUGCCAUUCUCGGAAGAUCUUGUCAUACACUUUAAAGAUGAAAGCCCAGAUCCGAUUCUGGAGUAUAUGAUUCGUGCUUUCAAGGAGGGUAUCUACCCUGUUGCCUUGUCUUCUUCCAACACUUCAAUUAUCGAUGGAGACGCUUCAAUCCCCCAAACUCCAACAUUGCAAACUGGGGAGUUGCAAGAGUCCCAGUUCACACCUGCAAAGACCAUUCAUGAGGACGAAUACGACCCUUUCUCAUACCAAGACACGGAUUACACCUCAAAGCAACCGCAGCCACAACCAGUCUCAAGGACUGUGGCGACUUCACAUCUGCCAACACCAGCGCAAACGCCCCCACCCAUGGUUUCGGAGCUCGAGGAUAAGUUCCAUGACUUCAACGCCGUACACAGUCAGACUGCUAUCGCGAUGCAAAAUUCACUACGAUCCGUGCUUAAUAUCUACUUCCCUCCAAAGGCUACUGGUUUCUCCCAGUUCAACUUUCCAUUACUUCCCGAGAUGGAUGGUUUGUGGAGGCCCAUUUUCCGGGACGCCGAGGCAGGUGCUACUCCGAAGAAGAAUGGCCACAGGAUCGACCAGAUAUUGGCUAUUGGUUCCCAAAAGGGAGUUAAAAAGACUUUCCUGUCUUCGAUCGCUUGCCAGCUUGAGCAAUUGGGGACCAAGUCCAGCGGCAUCUCCCGGGCUGGAAGGCUGGAUUUCAGAUAUCUCAUGGCAAAUGCAAUGCAGUCAUUUACUGCGCAGCCCUUGGCAAACCAGACCCAAGACAAUCCGUUCACCAACUCGUAUCUCUUGGCCAUCCUCAUCAUCCCUCAUUUGGAAACAUAUUUCGCCGUCCACUCUGACGUCCGCUUCCUGCUUCUCGACUACCCCCCAGACCACCUUGCGACCGUCCUUGCGCUCCAGAAGCUCGUUGGUGUUGAAUUGAUGAAAGUUGCCCAAGUCAUUGAUACAGACGCCAAGGGAUCUCUACCCUUCAGCCACAUUCGAGGUAGCUCCAUUGGACGUAUCUCCAACAAAAGCGACAUGGCCUCGAGUUCAGGAUCUCUUCAAUCGAAGGGAUCGACCACAAUCGUGUCAUCGUCCUCGACCGACGGAGUGGCAGUUUCAAAAGCAAACUUCCUCUUAACGUCAAAGGCAACGGACGCGGAAAUUGGAACUUUCAUCUCCACCAUUUGGAAGAUCCUUACCAGCAUUUCCAGAUUCUACCUUCCAGAAGACAACGACGACGACGACGAGCGAAGAUCUGGCACUUCUUCACCAUUUACCAUGUCCAACCAGCGGCCCGUUAGCCCCCCAAUGUCUCCGCCAUCAUCUAGCGGCAGGAAAAUCGAGAAAAGAUCGGGCUCGUUUAGGACUUUAGGUAGACAAUCGUCUACUGUGGAAACGGUUGUGACGCAGCGAGUCAAGUCUCGAAGAAGUAUCAAGAAGAUGCCUGCGGACGGCGCAUCCAUCUUGACCGCCGACGUGGACUAUGAGAGCGAUGUAGACCUCGAGGAAAGACGUCUGAUGCCCCUUUUCAUGAAGAAAGCGGCCCAGACCCAUACAAAGGGCAACAGCCGCAAGGCCUUGAAGUUUCUUGGUCUUGCAUAA